AAAUAUAUAAUAUUUUUUUAAAUUCAAACAUUCAAAAAAAAAACAAAAUUACGUUAUGAAAAAAAAUAUUCAAAAUAAUAAAGAACAGCCAGUAAAAGAGAGAGAUUUAUACAAUUUCCCAUGCCCAGAGGAUAUAAAUGUAGAUAAUAAUAAACGAUUGCAUACAAGGUAUUCAAAAGCGCAAAAUAUAUUAACUCAAAAUUUUAGCGAUGAUUAUGUAUGUUUAUUAGGCAAAACAGAAUUCUGUGAAAAGUCUAAGAUUUUACCACAAUUUAUGCCACAGAAAUUAAUCGAAAAUAAACAUUUUGAUAAUUUUUCAAACGUAUCUAGUAUUAAUCAUAUCCAAAACACGAAUAAUAACUACAAUUUUUACAAAAAAGAAGUACAAACUUCAAAAAAAUUUGUAUCCGACAAAAUAGAAAACAAAAAUGGACCUGAAAUUCAGGAAGCUACCCCUAAGAGUUAUUUCAAAGGACAUGAGGAUUCAAGGACUAUUAUAUCAUCUCAGAAAGCUUAUGAAUUGAACUGUCAAUCACAAAUCGAUUUGGAACCAAUUCCUGUAAAUCCAGACGAAGAUUUUUUUAAAAAUGAUAUAAAAGAGGGUUUUAAAAAAAGCAAUGAAAAAAUAUCUGCUGGUAUAUUUGAAAAAGAUUCUAUACCUCUUAGAAAUUUUUUUCUAAAACAACAGGAGGAGGAAAUGACAGAAGAUAACAAGGAUAUUGUUUCGUCAGAUUCACAAACGGAAUUUGACUACGCUUCUACCCUUUUUAAAACUGUUGAUAAUGAUGAAUAUUCUUUUUUCAAAAAUACUUUCGAUACACUUACAAUCCAAGAUGAAAAAAUAGAAGAUUACAAAAAUAAUAAUAAAAAUAAUAACAUUUCUUCUCAAGUUGAUUAUAAUGAUAUCUGGAAAGCAAUUGGUGAAGAUACAGAUUUCUUACCAGAUGAUGUUAUAUGUACUGAGAAUGAUAUUGCAUUUCAUGCAAACAAUAUGGCAUUAGAUACAGAAACAAUGCCGUUAAAUAAAAAUAUGUUUUCUUCACUGGAAAAUAGUACAGAGCGUUGCGUUAAUCAACUUUCAAAUAUUCCUUAUCCUUACUUAAAUAGUCAUGAAUUAGAUAAAUCUUCAUCAUCUAAAAAACCUGAUCUUAUGUCACAUACUCACCAGUCUAAUAUGCAUAUCGAUAAUACUCAAUCAUAUUCAUUAGAUACAGAUUUCCAAGCAAAUAUUCUAAAUACAAGUAAAACGGGGAAUAUAUUUAAUCAAUCGUCAUCUGAAAUAUUCUCUGGGAAUAAUAUUCCUUCUCCAACCCAUAGUAGAAGCCAACAAUGUAUUCAUCAGCAGUCAUAUCAGCAAAAUAAUAAUUACUUUUCAACUAUAAAUUCAGAAAACAAUGAAAUAGCUACAAAAUCAUAUAUUUCUAUCAAAGGUGGUUAUUUAUCUCCAUAUGACCUUCCCGUACAGUUUAUACCUAAAUUUAGACGUCUAGCAGAACCAGCUUCUAAUAAGUAUUCUGACAUACAAAAAUAUAAUAAUUCUUCAGAUUACAUACAAACAAAUAUAAAUACAUUUGAAAUAAAACCUUCUAAAUCUCUACAAAACAUACCAAUAGAUGUUAAUGUUACUAAUAAUUCUAAAAUAUUAUCUAGUAAAACAUCCUUAAAAGAUUUAAAUAAUGAAAAAGAUUUAUUAAAUUAUACGUCAGCUGAUACAUCUAUUCCAAAUGCUAAUACAUAUUUUAUACAGCAAACAUCUAAAACUUAUGAAGAAAAAGCAGAAGAGAAAAAUAAGAUGUUUCAAGAUUUGCCAAUAGAAUUCUCUAAAAAAUUAAAAGUUUCAAAUAAAACUAUUAAUAAAACUGGUACAAAUACUCAGGAUACAGAUUUCGAAAUACAGCACUCAAACAUGCAAUAUACAUUGGCUGAUCAAAAGAACAUUCACGAGAUCUAUCAGAAUUCUCAUGAAGUUAAUCAGGAUGUUUUCAAUAUUACAGAUAAUAAAGCAUUUUUAUCAGAUAUUCCAUUUAAUAUCAAUAGUCAGGAACUAAACGCAAAAAAGAUAGAUAUGAAUAAUUUUUCAUUAAAUAAUAUCAAAGACAGACAAAAUAUACAUAAUGAGUCUCAUAUUCAAGAAAAUGCACUUGAGCCAAAUGAUUUUUUAUAUUCGGAGGCAGGAAUAACUAAAAAAAAUAAUUUAUACUAUCAACAUUCUUUGGAGUCACAUUAUAGCACAGAAAAAAAAUUAGCUAUCAAAGAAAAUACACAAGAUCUAAAAAAGGAAAAAUCUAUCAAUAUUUUUCAAAAAAAUACAUCUACUUCUAACUAUGAGCCAUAUACAUCUACUAUGCAGAAAAAUUUGCAACCUUCUCAGUAUUUUCCAUUAGAUAUAGAUAAUUCAUAUUUACGGUCAGAGAAACAAGAUAAUUCGGUGGCAUCAAACAUAUAUACAUCUUUCGUAUUACCAUCUCAACCAAUGUCUUUUAAUAUUCAAAACAAUAAUUCUAUUCUGGAUAUAAGUGAAAAUAAUUCCAAAAGAUAUAAUCUUGAUGAAAAAAUUAAACCUAUUUAUCGUAAAGAUAGUUUUGAAAAUUCUAGUUAUCCUAUAUUAGUAUGGGGAUUUGGAGGAAAAAUCAUAACAAUAUUUCCAGAUAAAACAUAUAUUUCCGACAAUUCAAAAUAUAUAUAUUCUAAUUCAUCACAUACUUCCGGAACAUUAAAAAUUUCAAAUAUUAGAUCUUAUUUUCAAAAUUCUGAAUUAUUACAUAUGACAAUACCUGGGCCAUUAUUUUCAAUAUCUAAAAACACUAAUAAAACUCGUAAGAAAGAAGCUAUUAAGUGGUUGGGAGAAAAAAUUCAGUCACUAGAGCUCAUUAAAGAUAAUGAAGAAGAUGAAUUUUUUAGUGAAAAAAUACUCUUAUGGAAAAUAAUAUAUAUCUUAUUAGAUAAUAGUUUUUCUUCAGAUCAAUUCGAAAGUAUUCAUUCAAUUUUAAAUUUAUUACAACCAGAUUUGCAGUUUUACAAUAAAGAAAAAUCUAAUUUUACAAUUACUGCAGAUUUUAUGAAUUCUAGUUCUAACCUGAAUACAAAUACUCAAGAAAUAUCAUCAUAUACUGUUACUCAGGAAUCUCUAGAACAAAUUAAACUCUAUCUUUUAAGUGGUGCCAAAAAUGACGCUAUUCAAUUCUGCUUAGAUAGAAAACUUUGGUCUCAUGCCCUUCUAAUAUCUAAUUCUAUGGGUAAAGAAGUAUGGAAAUAUGUAGCAAAAGAAUUCAUACGUUCCGAAAUUAAUGUCAACAAUAAAAGUUUGCAAAGUCUUAAAUUUUUCUAUGAAGCAUUAUGUGAAGACGAUCUAGAUAUGGGAAUUUCUCAUUCUUUUUUCAAUAAUAAUGUUAAUAUAGAACCUAAUAAAACAAAAGAAUUUCAUAAGGAUUAUUUAGAUAACUGGAAAGAAACAUUAGUUAUGAUUCUUUCUAAUCCAAGUGAUAAAGAUUCUAAUAUUAUAUUUAAUCUAGGAAAACUUCUUAUUAAGAAUAAUUAUAUAAUUCCGGGACAUAUAUGUUUUUUGCUGGCAAAAAAAGAUUCAGUAUUUUCUAUGCUCGAUAUACAUAACUCAGACCUUAUUUUACUUGGAGGGGAUCAUAUAAAUAAUCCAUCAUCAUUUUAUCAUGAUUUAGAUAACAUAAUUUUAAAUGAAAUUCUAGAACUUUACACAGCUCUUAAAUCCCAAUCACCUUUUUAUGGAUAUGCUCAUUUACAAGCUUAUAAAUUUUAUUAUGCAACAAUAUUAGCAGAUCUCGGAUAUAUAUCUGAGGCACAAAGAUAUUGCGAAUCAAUUAGUGAUAUAAUCAAGAAAUAUUCUAAAGGUUCGCCUUUCUUUCAUUUAUUAUUUGUUCAGCAAUUUCAAGAAUUUUCAUCUCGACUUCUAACCUAUGAAUCUCUUAACUCAAUGCCGUCAUGGUUUGGAAAAAAAAUGUCAAAACCUAAAUUAGACAGUUUUUGGGGAUCAAUUGAAAACAAGUUUAGUAAAUUUGUUACAGGAGAAACUAGUUCUAUUGAAUCUCAAGAAAUUUUAAAUAAUGAUUCAAACCCUUUUGAACAUCUCGCCGAAAAAAUAUCACAUUCCAAAAUCCACUCACAAACAAAUCUUGAAGCAUUAAACACAUGUGCAGUUGGUCCCUACCUUAUACAGGAUGAAUUUAUUUCUCAGCCGAAUCAUCAGGAAAAACUAACAAAAACAUGUCAAAACAACUAUGAUUUAUCACCUAAUUUAUCUUUAACUACCUCUGAAGAUCCUAACAUUUUUUCAAAAGAUAAAAAAUAUAACCAUUUAGCCUGUUAUCAGCCAAUGCCAAAAUUAUAUGAGACUUCUAAUCAAGAAAGUUAUUGCAAAAAUGUUCAGUAUUAUAAGGAAUCCAUUAUAUCGGAAAAUAAUUCAGAAAAUAUUUUAAAUAGGGAAGUUUUCAAAGAAAAUGGUCAAAUAGAAUUGUCAAGAAAUGAUAAUCUCAAUUAUUUGGAAUCCUCAGAUACACAGACUAAUGAUUUUUAUAAUACUAAAUCUGAACUAAAAAAUUUAUCUAUUACUCAGCUUAACUCAGAAGACUCUUAUAACGUUGAACCUAAGUCUCAAUCUCCGAAAAACAAUAGAGAUGAAAAUGCAAAUUCUAGUUGGUUUAGUAAAUGGUGGGGAAAAAAAGAACAAUCUAAAGAAAAGAAAAUAUAUAAGGCGAAAUUAGGAGAAGACAAUUCAUUUGUUUAUGAUACUGAACUUAAAAAGUGGAUUAAUAAAAAGGAUAGCACCUCAAUUUCUGAACAUGCUAUAUCACUACCGCCACCACCAAAAAAAGCAGAGUUAUCUCAUUCUACAAAUUUGAUAGCUCAAGAAUCACAUUAUAAUGAAUCAAAUAAAAUAUCUUCCAAUACUAUUACGCCUGAUGUUGAUUCUAUGAACUCUCAAUUAUCUACUAAAUUUACACAUAAACCAAUAGUAUCAAAUGACGAUGCUCUUGAUGAUUUACUUAAAAUGGCAUCAGAACAUUCUUUAGCUAAUGGGAAUACACAAACAAAAACUCUCACUAGAAAAAUAAAGGCAAAGAAUACUAAAAACAAAUAUGUUGAUGUAAUGAACUUAAAUCCUUAAAUGUUAUGUUACUUAUUAAGUAUUUAUUUCGGAUAUUCAUUAUCCC